UCAGGUGAGAAUAAGACCGGCCAUCUGAGGUCGUUAGAGAACGCUUCUGAAAAUCUCAAGCUUUUCAAAGCCGAUCUCCUUGAUUAUGAGGAGAUGAAAGCUGCCAUAGCAAGAUGCCAGGGGGUUUUCCAUGUGGCCUCCCCGGUUCCUUUGGCCAAUCUGACGGAUCCAGAGCUAGAUGUUGUGCGUCAUGCUGUCGAUGGUACCAAAAAUGUACUGGAGGCUGCAUCUGCCGCCAAGGUUCGCCGAGUGGUUGUCGUGUCAUCCAUUGUUGCCGUGGAUAUCAACCCCAAAGAUUGGCCCACAGACAAGAUCGAAGAUGAGAACAGCUGGUCAGACGUAGAAUUUUGCAGGAAUAAUGAGGACUGGUAUUCAGUUUCCAAGAUCACAGCAGAAAAGGCGGCGCAUGAAUACGGAGAGAAGACCGGCUUGGAUGUGGUCAUUCUCAACCCAGCGGUGGUGUUUGGUCCCCUGCUGCAGCCAACGGUGAACGCCAGCAGCCAGUUCCUGAUCUACUUCCUGAAAGGAGGACCUGACCAGAUGAGGGACAAGCUCUGGCACAUCGUCGACGUGCGAGACACCGCCGAUGCGCUGCUUCUGCUCUACGAGGCGCCCGAGGCCUCUGGCAGACACAUCUGCGCGCCGCACAUCAUCACCGCCCGGAACCUGAGGGAGCUGCUGAAGAGGAAGUACCCGCAAUAUCCUCACAUCAGCGAGUAA